GGGGGUAUGGUGCCGCUAUGGGCAUUAAUCAACCUUAUCAUGCUUUGCAAUCGACCUACCCAACGCCACUUUAUCAGCAGGGUACUCAUUUCUCGUCUCAUCAACCUCCUUAUGCUUCGCAGUUUGCGAAUUAUGGUUCUACCUAUACCAACAUUAAUGCACAUUCGAGUAAUGGUUCUGGUGCCACAUCACAACCUGUUCAGUUCACUCCUCAACACACUUCUUUUACUCCCAUUAUCCCACAAUAUCCUGUUGCAAAUGGUGGUACCGCUCGUUUUGGUUCUAGUAUCGCUUCUGCUGAAAAUCAAAAUAGCG